GCAAACAUUGUAAGCGAGAUUUGUGGAAGAGUAGUUUCGGUGUUAAAUUGUUAAUCGGUGUAAAGCUUUGAUGGUCACGCGUUCGUUGUCUCAUUACAGCCGCGAAGCUAAGGCUGAUCGAAAAUUUCAGCCAAGGUACCUGACCGAUGGCUAGGGCCUAGCGAGAUCGGUGUCCCCGCUCGCUUCUUACCGCUACAAAGCUCAAGGACAUGGAGUGUGGAAACCGUGCGCGUUUACCGUUACGCCCUGGUGAACUCUGCUGUCUUCAGGAUUCGAUAAUCGGGCUCACUGCUCAUCUCCGUCUCUGAUUGCGAUAAAUCGAGCUUCGGUGAAGACGGCAGCUGCGAUCAUGUCGGGGGCUGAGAAGACGCGACUUGGGAGCUGCCAAUGAAGCGAGGGUUUCGCUUCGCUCCAGGGGCUCAGGAUUUGCUCUAUCGGCGUCUUCCCUGCACCACCGUAGCGUAUAAUGGCCGAUGAUGACGACCAGGAGGGAUAUCCGGGCGAACUGCUUCAUCAGGCUGCUCUCUGGGGCAACGCGGAGCUCGUAGAAGAUCUGCUGAACGGGGAACAGGUCCGGUUCAUCAAUGCUACCGACAUGCACGGACGGACUGCUCUUCAUGGCGCCGCCACUAACAGCGACGAAACAUGCACAAGAGUCCUCCUACAGACUGGAGCAAACCCCAACAUGGCUUGCGGUUCUCGGCAUCACUGCAAGACUCCGCUGCACGUUGCGGCCGAACUGGGCAAUGCCUCGACAGUGAAGCUGCUACUGGAGUAUGGAGCGGACCUCUUGGCUCUGGAUGGGGACGGCCUCACGGCAACGGACAUAGCCGACCGAGCGGGCCAUGCCCAGGUGGUGGAACUGCUGCGAUGUGCCGCAGAUCAAGCGGAACAGAAACGCCAGGAGACAUAUGCCGGCCUCGCGUCUGCAUGUUCCUCCGGAAAUGUGGAAGGGUCGAGGAAACUGCUCGAGCAGCUGGGAUCUCAGGCAGAGUCGGUCGUCAACAGCAUCAGUGGCGGAAGCAACACGCUUCUCUACAAGGCCUGUGAGGACGGGCACAAGGACAUUGUGAAUCUCCUUCUGGAAUUUGGGGCGGACGGCAGGAUCCACCCGGUGACCCAGUACUCUCCACUCUACAUUGCCUGCUACUAUGGAAGGAAGGACAUUGUGCGCAUCCUUCUUGAGCAUUUUCCGGAGCUGAUCCGGGAGCCCACAAUGGAGCACUGGCUUCCCCUCCAUGCGGCCGCGCUGAGUGGCCACGUGGCCAUCCUGGAGCUGCUGCUUUCCCAUUCGUACCCGUCACGGGUGCUGCAACUCUUUGUGGACCCCAGCGGCCGGUGGGAGUAUACCCUGGCAUUCGACGUGAACGCCCAGGACGUGACGGGGCAGUCGGCCCUCUACAUGGCCGCCUGCUUGGGCAAUCAACGCCUGGUCGACUGCCUGCUGCGCUUCCGCGUCUGGGGAAAACAGGUGCUCACGGCCGAAGACGCGCAGCAGUCUUCGCCGCGGCAGGGCGAGGCUCCGCCAAAGACGCGGGUGCAGAGCAUCGUGACGCGGUUGAACCUGGCGUCAGGCGGGGAGCCACCGCCCCGGGAGGUGCAGAUCUCGCCGCUGUGCGUGGACCUGUACUGCAACCAGCAGCGGGAGACUGCCCUGCACGUGGCGGUGCGCAAGCGCCACUACGCGCUGGCGGCCGCGCUGCUCAAGGCGGGAGCCAGCGCCAACCUGCCCAUCAGGGACGCGGGGCAGGGCUCAGUGUCCAGUGCACUGGUGGAAGCCUGCGCCAACAGGGACUCGCAGAUGGUCGACCUGCUGCUGCGCCACGGAGCCAGGGACGACGACUGCCGGGCUCUGCAGGUGGCCAUGCAGUCUGAGGGGGACAAUGAGCGCCUGCUGUCCAAGCUGCUCUCCCUGAAGGCCCACAAGGACCCAGAGUACAAGAUAAAUAAGAAGGCCCUGGAGGCGAUUGAGGGGCCCCUGUUCACUGCCACCCUGCUGCCCAAUGUGCCGGUCAUGGUCAACUGGCACGGCCAGCGCUGUCUUAACCGCCUGGCUGACCGGUGGCUCGUCGACGCCAGCAUGAGCCACAACAUCAAGCUCAAGCUCAACCCACAGGUGCGGGAGCCCGCCCUGGGUGCCAUAACGCGGCUGGACGUGUCCAGCAACCAGCUCGAGGACCUGCCCUCGUGCGUCUUCAACCUGCUGCCGUCCCUGCGGGUGCUGACGGCCUCCCAGAACAAGCUGGCCACCUUGCCCGAGAUUGGCCCAACGUCGGGUCCCGUUUUGGAGGAGCUCCACCUUCAGGACAACCGGCUGGACAGCGUCCCUGGUGGGCUGUUCCGGAUGCCCAGUCUCAGCCUGCUCGAUCUCUCCAACAACAAGCUACAGACCCUGCCCAUGGAGCUGUGGACGGCACCGAGGCUGAGGGACCUGAACGUGUCCAUGAACAUGCUGAGCAGCCUCCCCAGCUGCAUCCCCCAGCGGCUGAGGCCCCAGGGAGAGGACGUGGGGCAGUCCCAGGAGCCGGACACGAGGCCCCACGAGGGGCCACAGGCCCCAGUGCCCUGCCUGCGCCAGGACCUCCACCACCACUCCGUCUGGAGGUCCUCCCUCGAGGUUGUGGAUGCGGCACUGGAGGAGUGUGCGCCCUCUGACAAGCAGAGCCGUCUAAGCAGCAUGAACCUGUCCCACAACGCCUUUGAGUGUCUGCCCCCGAUGCUGGCGUGCUGUGCGGGCCAGAUGUCGCGCCUGAACUUGAGCUACAAUGCCCUCACGUCGAUGGGGCCCCUGGGGGCCUACCCCGUGGGGCUGAGGCACCUGGACCUGUCCUCCAACCGCCUCUCUGCGUGGCCCCCCGCAAGGGCCCCCGAGAGCCUGGCCCUCUGCUAUGCUCCGGAGCCUCAGGGGCGCUCCAGCCCCAAGGCCAUCAAGCCGCACAGUUCAGCCAGCAAGAAGGGCUGGUGCGGGGCCUGCCCACACCGCCGGCACACCCGCCUGGAGAACCUGCGCACCCUGGCUCUGGCCAAUAACCAGUUUCACUCCCUCCAACUCACGCUGGACGAAGAGCAGGAAGACGAAGACAGGCGCUCUUUGGACUCCGCAGACCCCAGAGAGCCGCUCUCAUCCCGGGGGCGCCUGCUGUUCCCGAACCUGUCGAUGCUGGACGUGAGCAACAACCUGCUGAGUGAGGUGCCGGUCUGCCUCUCGGAGCACAGCGCCAUGUCAGUGCUGAACCUGAGCGGCAACGUGGGCAUCAGUCAGCUGCCGCCGGAACUAGGCCUGCUGGGCAAGCUGUGGAACCUGAACCUGCGCGGCUGUAGCCUGCAGGACCGACUGCGCUGCAUGGUCGACUCGCGCAAGUACAAGACCAUGGAUAUCGUCGGCUACCUCAAGUCCAUCCUAGAAGAUGCCAAGCCGUAUGCGAGGAUGAAGCUGAUGAUUGUGGGCGUCCAGGGCAUCGGCAAGACCUCUCUGUUGGAACAGCUGCGGCAGGAAGGCACGGGCUCCUACCGGCGCAAGCCUCCUGAGCACUGGGGCAAGCGCAUGGGCCACAAGAGCCUGAGCCUCAAGACCCCCAAGGGUGUGACCCUGUCUACGGUCGGAGUGGACGUGGGGGACUGGGUCUACGAGAAGAAGGGCCGCGGCCCCAACACCUAUGGUCCGGUCACCUUCCGCACCUGGGACUUCGGGGGACAGAGGGAGUACUACACAACGCACCAGUACUUCCUGUCCAAGCGCUCCCUCUACCUGGUGGUGUGGAGGAUGACUGACGGCGAGCGCGGAGUCAAGGGCAUUCACCAGUGGCUCAUCAACAUACAGGCCCGUGCCCCCAACUCCCCGGUGAUCAUUGUGGGCACGCACCAUGACCUGGUGCGGGAGGCCCUGCCCUCGGGCUACUCGGACGAGCUGCAGAGCCUCAUCCGAGAGCGCUUCAUCCACGUGGUGGACGCGGACAAGUGCGGCCUGCCCCGGGUUCUGGACACGGUGGAGGUCAGCUGCAGGACGCGCCACAACAUCAGGCACCUCUGCAACCUCAUCUACGACGUCGUGUUCGACCUGCGCUGCCCCGGGAGCAAGGAGCGCUUGCUGGAGCAGAAGAUCCCGGCCACCUAUCUGGCACUGGAGGACGUAGUUGCCUACCUUGCUGUGGAGAGGAGGUUGCAGGGCAAAGAUCCUGUGCUUCAUUCUGAGCAGUACAGAAUGCUGGUGAUGCACGAACUGCAGCACAAAUUUGACAUUGUCUUUCGGGACAUGGCUGAACUCAACCAGGCCACAGCAUUCCUUCAUGACAAUGGGGUUCUGCUGCACUAUGAGGACUCAACACUGAAGGACCUCUACUUCCUGGAUCCUCAAUGGCUGUGUGACAUGCUUGCUCAUGUGGUCACCAUCCGGGAGAUCAACCCUUUUGCCAGGAAUGGGAUCAUGCGCCUGGAGGACCUGCAGCACGUGUUCCGCAGCUCUCAGUGUGCCCCGGCCGAUGCCCAGGGCUACAUCCUGAGCCUGCUAAACAAGUUUGAGGCGGCCCUGACGUGGGACGGCCGCACGCUGCUCAUCCCGUCCCUGCUGCCCUCGGAGGAGCUGCUGCGGUCGGGCCUGCCCGGGGCUGACGUCCGGGUACAGGUGCCCAUCCGGUCUCGCAGCUGGGGCCUGCGCUCCAAGGGCCUGCAGGGCGUGCCCCGGCCCCUGGCGGGCCUCCCUGCGCCCGACGGCCAGCACCCGGGUGUGGCCGUGGCCCAGGGGGACGUCGCAAAGCCGCCGGCACCGACGCCUCUGGCCGCAGACGCGGACCAGCCGUGCAUUCAGCGCCUGCUGGUGCUGUCUUACCUGCCCAGCGGGUUCUGGGCCCGCCUCAUCACCCGCAUCCUGGCGGACGACUUGGUGGUGGAGUCCCUGCGGGCGUACUUCCCGUCCCCGCCAGACAAGGACCUGCUCGGGGCACUGUCCAGCCGCCGGGCCGAGUGGGUCUGCUGGCAGACGGGGCUGGAGCUGCGCUAUCUGGAUGCACCGCUGCUCAGGGUGCGGGAGAUGGUGCCUCACCUCGGGGAUGCCAAGCUGCUGGCGGUGCAGCUCAAGGUGCAGAUCGAGGGUCACUGGAGCCGCGUGGACACGGCGGGGGCGGUGGUCAUUGAAGUGCUGCUGCCCUGCCACCGGCUGAAGGUGAACGGGACGGUCCUCAAGCCGAGCCGGGAGAGCACGGCCAAGCUGCUCUCCCUGGCCGUGGACCACAUUGACACGCUGCUGGAGGACUGGUACCCGACGCUGGGCACCCGCUUUGUGCACACCUCGGAGGGGCGCUUCCUGGUGACGCGGCUGGUGCCCUGUCCGCAGUGCGUUGCCAGGGUGCCCGACGCCGAGGGCGCCUGGCGGGGCGCAGCGCACGAGGGUGCCACCGGCGACCUCUGGCAGCUUUCGGAGAAGGGCCCCUGGGGAGACCUGCACCUGGCCCCGCUCUCGUCCGACCGAAACAGGGGCAGCUCCAGGGGCAGUUCGGACAGCGGGGUGGACAGCCAGAGCUCCAGCCGCAAGCCUUCCAUGGAGGGCUUUGUCGACGCCAUGGCGGGUCAGCAGAGCGAGAACCCCCAGCCCCCCAAGGGACUGCCCAGUGAGGACGUUGUGUACGGCUUCAUGGUGGAGGAGUGCAUCCUGUCGGCCUACGAGCGCAAGAUGGUCACCUGUCCGGAUCACGGGGACCUGCGCCUGGCCAAGAUUUCUCCCGACAUGGUUUUCAUGGAUCUUGGUGAGAGGUUCCUCAUCAGCUCCGACAACAUCAGGAGAGGCAAGAUGCUGGGCAGAGGAGCCUUUGGCUUUGUAUUCAGGGCUACCAUGAAGCAGAGGGGGUCCGGGAACUUCAUUGAGGUGGCCAUGAAGAUGCUCCAGCCUGUCGACCCCGGCUAUGGUGCUCGGCAUUCGGAUACCAUUGCUUACAAGGCUGCCUGGACCAAGUGGCAGCGGGACCCGCUGCAGUAUGCAUGCAAGGCGUACUGCACGGCUCGGCAGGAGCUGAGCAUUCUGCUGAGCCUGCGCCACCCUCACAUCCUGUCUCUGGUGGGCGUCUGCUGCCAGCCACUGUCCUUGGUGCUCCACCUGGCUCCCAAAGGUGCCCUGGACGCCUUGCUCAGGGACCACCGGCGGUCGGGGGCACACCUGCCACUCCACGCACUACAGGCCACCAUCGUCCAGGUGGCCAAGGCACUGGAGUACUUGCACCAGCAGCACAUCAUCUACCGGGACCUCAAGUCCGAGAACGUCCUGGUGUGGGCCUUCCCGGCUCCAUUUGAGACCGGCCCCAGCCCGGUAGACGUGAAGCUGGCAGACUACGGCAUCAGCAGAGCCACCCUGCCCACGGGCACCAAGGGAUUCGGUGGUACCGAGGGAUUCAUGGCCCCCGAGAUCAUGCGCUACAAUGGAGAGGAGGAGUACACCGACAAGGUGGACUGCUUCUCGUUCGGCAUGUUCAUGUACGAGCUGCUCACCCUGAGGCUGCCAUUUGAGGGACAGGACUGCGUCAAGGACCACAUUCUGGAUGGAGGACGGCCCCUCUUCACCAGCAGGGAGAUAGCAUACCCAGGCUACCUGCUGGACCUGAUGGUGAGCUGCUGGGCGCAGCAGCCAAGAGACCGUCCCUCGGCCAGCCAGAUUGUGUCCAUCGCCACCGCCCCUGAGUUCACCCACCUCCUGGACGUGGUCUCUCUGGAGAAAAGCGAGUCCGUGCUCUGUGCGGGAGUCGCCUGCCUGCCCUCUGCACAAGAACAGGAGAUGAGUUGUGAACUGUGGCUGGCUCGGAUGGGGCGGCACAUAGACCUGCUCAGCUGCAGUUCAACAGGUUGGGCAGACCUCAAGACACUGCCCAUCGAAGAUGUGACCGUGACCUGCCUGUGCGUGGUCAAUGACUCUGUCUGGCUGGGGGACUCGCGGGCCGUCGUCCACAUCUACGGGCUGCAGACGUAUACAGAGGUGUCCAGCUUCUCGCUGACGCCGGACUGUGCCACUGUGUGUGCCCUGCGGGGCAUGCUCCACCUGGAGAGCGUGGGUCGCGUGGCGCUGUUCACGGGAGGCGGAGGGCGCCUCUGGCUCUGCCACGACAACAGCCUUCACGGCGACGCCCUGCAGGAGUUGGAUGCUCCUGGAGCGCUGUCUCUCUGUGCGCUCCAGCUCGGCGACAAUGGGUGUGAGCUGUGGUGUGGCAAGGCCCAGGGUGCCAUUGCCAUCUACCCACUCCGAGGGUCGGUGGUGUCGGGGCAGGAAGUGGUGAACCACUAUGAACCCCCGCAAGACAACUUUGUGGUGUCUUGCUUGUGCUCCUCGUCUGAGGGACAGCCCACCGUCUGGUCAUACGUGUAUCCAGGCUGUGUGGUGUACCAGUGGGACUGUGCCUCGAGGAGCAUCCUGCAUCGCUUGGACUGCUCCAAGCUGGCUCCCUGCUCCGAGAGCCUGCUCUCCAUCAGCAUCGAGGAGCACCUCACCCCUGGAAGGUGCCAAGUGACGACCAUGGCCCUGGUAGACACGGAGCUGUACGUGGGCACCACCUGGGGGUGCCUGGUGGUGGCGGAGGCGAGCACUAUGCGCCCCAUAACGGUGUUUCGGCCCUUCGAGGAAGAGGUCAAGGCCAUCCUGUGCCUGCCCCCCGACGGCAGGAGGCCCCCCGCCACGCAGGGGGGAGCGGAGAGCCCCGUGCCCAGCCAGCGGCCCUCGGCCCUGGUGGCCACAGUGGGCAAGGGCUACCGCAACCUUCUGGGCAGGUACCUGCCUACGGGCGGAGACUGCAUCCACCAGAACAUGCACGCCAUCCUCUGGCGCACCGACCCCUGGGCAGAGCCGUAACGCGGCCGCCGUGAGCACGGCUUUGUUCCUAGACGGAUGCUGACGUCCCGUCCUGGGGUCACAGGAAGCAGAGCCUAGGACACGCCUGCAAUGCAUAUGGUCAAAGUUGGGGAGUGUGCUGGUGAAAGUUAAGCCUCAACAGAAAGGAUGUGGGCGGCAUGAGAUGAUCCAAAAUGUUUUUUCGAGCAGGCUAUCGUCUAGAAAGGCCUGUGUUCUUGCCUUUUUGCCGAGAGUUUUGUUUGCCCAAGAGAGGAUUGGAUGUACUAUAUUCAGCGGUAAGGGUCGGAAUACCCUGGUGCAAACUAAGAAGUACUGGCUACACUGUUUGGUCAGCAGCAAGAAUCACGGGGGGAGCCUCUGACAUGUGCGUGAAACGCUGGGGCAGUGUCUAUGGCAUUUGAAACAUCACCACUUACUUUUUGGUCAGAUAAUGUAGCCAGUGCUCUCAAGUCGCUUCUGUGGCAUUGCAACUCACAAUAAUGACAAUAGUAUAGUCGUGGGCGAGGGUUUAGACGACGCAUUGCACAUUGUCGCACGCAUUGCUGCUACUGGGCAGUGUUAUAUGAAGUCCACCCAUGUUGAGUUUGUUGACAAGUCACGUGAAAUGGUGUUGAUACCUGCAAGACAAGGAGUCGUGGCAUCUCUUGGUUAGACAUUGAGGCUAGUUCUGACAUUGUUGCAGAAUCUCUGCGUAAUCUAACGAACAAUGUAUUGUGUUGAGAGGAAACUGUCUAAUAUUAGGCAGUGUCUAGACCACACGGAUUCCACAAGUGAAAUCAACCACACAGGUGUCACACCACAUCAUGCCUACUCCUAGAUAGUGGUUAUUUCUGGAUAGGGGCUUUCACGAGAGCUAAGCUUGGAUUCAACUGGACUGUGCCUUGUGCAAGUCAGUGCAGCAACUGACAUCCAUGGUCAUAUGUUGGUGCCCCGUGCAACCGGAACAGCGAUGGAGCGGCUGGUUCAUAGGACAUCUGCAUUCUUCUUGCUGUGCCAGUGCUAGAACCCUAUCUUCACAUAGUUUGACACCCCAUACUGUGCAUUUGGGGUCUUCCAGCGGAAGAACCAAUGUGAGAACUGCAAAGACUGCUUGCUUCUCGAAUCAAGACCUCCCUUGACUGGACAUGUGAUACUGCUUGACUAGGCAGGCUUUGCAGCGGUUCCAGUGGUGGAAUACUAGGAAUGAGCUUAUUUUAGGUUUAUUACAAUCUCUUUUUUUAUUUUUAUUUUUAUUUAGACUUUCAGCUGGUGGGUACCUUUACAACCCACCUGUGUGUGAUAAGGCUGUGUUGCUUUAACUUUAUUUAUUUUCUAGGCUUCCAGGAAAAUUUGACUAGGGAGAGGAUGGUUGACUCAAGCUUAAGCUGUUCAUUGCUUAUGAUGGGCCAGCUGAACAAAGAAUACACAACACACAAAAUAUUACAUUCGCACUGCUACACUUGCAACAUGAAACAGUUGCAAGUCCAGUAGUGUGAACAUAAUUUUUUGUGUGUGGUGUAAUCUUUGUUCAGCUGGCCCAUCAGAAAAAAAAAAAAAAGUGUUGUCUGUUUAUGCUGAGCUGCAAUGACAAUGGUUCGGCAAGUUUUCUUUUUUCGUUAACACGAAGAAAUCUUACAUUUUUAUUUGAAAGGAUGGUGGGACAUUCACCCGUGAGGUUGGAUAUUUGUACCCUUUCUUUGUGCAAACUACUCUAUCUCUAGAGUCUCCUUGUGCUAUUCUAUUUUGGAGAAAUAUGUUCUGGGAGACCAUCAAUUAUGACCAUUGUUUUAAAUGACAGCUCUUUGGGUUGGCUUGCCCAAGUUGUCAGUGGUGCUUAACGAGAUAAUUUUGUCAUCAUUGUUCAGAAACAGCCCUUGUUUUAUACUCAUUUCAUUGUGGUGUUACAACUGCUCAGAUAAUGAUCAACCUUAGGAAAAUAGUUUUUGGUGUAUGUAAAUGUGUGUAAAUAUUCUAUUAUAUCAACAAGAACUGCAGAAUCUAAUAUAUUUAUGACUUAAAAAUGUACACCUCGAGGCUUUCUUUUUCUUUUUUUCACAUUGCGAGCUUUAAUUUAUGAAAAGCUAGAUGUACAGCAGCUGAGCUAGUCCAUUAGUAGACUACAUUAUGUUCACAUUGCAUUUGCACCAUUUUUGCACUAAUAUUUCUUGAAUCCUGGCAGCAAAGAUAUUGUGUAGCUAUUUUAGUCUCCGCACGUUUGGAUUGAUGUGAGGCGGGAAAAAAUACCUGUUAAACCCAGAGCUUUGCAUACAAUGUCGACAAAAAUAAAAGUUGGCAGAGA